UAAUCGAGAGAAUUUAACAGCGAAAUCUUCGGCCCCCAGCUUCCGACGCUUCGCGAUGUGACCGCGACAGCGAACGUCUUUAAAUCACCGUAAAUUUAAAGCUACAACACCAUGGAACCGGAUUCUAUCAAAGACCAUCAGACCUUCGAAGAUUCGGAUUCCUUCGAAGACUUAUCUUCGGACGAGGAAGAACCCAACGUGGAUGUUUUAGGCUUGGAAGGGCCAAAUCUUCGGACGAUUCUACAAAGGAAGUCGACGGAAAGUUGUGGUGGCUCGAAUAAUAAGUUUUCUAUCGAUAGUAUACUGGGACUAAAUCGGGAUGGUCGGAAGGACGGUCUGGAGAGCGGUGGUGGUUGUGAGGUGAUUAGUGAUGGUGAGGACGCUAGACGGGAGGAAGUGACUUUUAUUAAGCCCACUCCGAUCAGUGCUGUUCCUAGAGCAGGUGCACUCUACCAAUCACUCAUUGAUCUACAACCGUUCACAAGACAGGAAGACCAAUCAGUUGAUAUCCUCGAGUAUAUUUCCAGCAGAAAACUGGACUCCAGGCAGCAAGCUGGCGUUGAAGGCCGUUUUGUACCAUACGAUUUGCAACAAAGUGCCACAGCUACCUCAAUCCUUUACUCCAACUGGGCGAGCACAACUUCAGAUGGAAAGAGCACAAAUCCAUUGUUUUCCAUGCAAGUUCCAAAGCCCACAAAUCGGAGAUCCAGGAAGCCAGGACUGGAUAGAAAGCCCAGACAGGCAUACAGUGCCAAACAAUUGGAACGAUUGGAAGGAGAAUUCAAAGUUGACAAGUAUCUCAGCGUCAGCAAAAGGAUGGAAUUAUCAAAAGCUUUAAAUCUGACAGAAGUACAAAUAAAAACGUGGUUUCAGAACAGACGGACAAAAUGGAAAAAACAGCUCACGACGCGCCUCAAGAUGGCGCAACGACAGGGUUUGUUUCCCCCGCAUUACUUCGCACCCGUACCUUCCGCAGCGCCACAGUACUCGGCGUUGUUUCCCCCCUACUACUCCCCUUUGGUUUUCGGGGUUCCCACAGUGGAUGAGACGAAUUUGACCAGUCAGACCCAACAGGAAAAUACCCGACGAUAAGAAAACGUUUUUUUUGUAAU